AUGGAGCCGGCGAGGUUUGAAACGGGAGCCUCGUCGUCGUCGCCAUCGCCAGCCCGCCAUGAUGGGGCAAAAGCCGCCACUGCCCUGCAAGACGACGGCACCAGGGUUGAUGUGGUUUCGCCUCCGUACUGGCAGCAACAGCAUCAGCGCCACAGCUACCUGAGCACGUAUUCGGCCGAUGGCCACCCCACGCCCAUCAGCCUCGAAGACCACACGGACGAGGGCUCCGACCACUGCAAGGUGCUCUGGGCCAAAGGCGUCACGAUUGAUGAUUACGUCGUCGUCAGCGGAAGUGCGCCUGGGCUUGGGGCAUACGUUGUCUGGAACUGUACCGUUGAGACGCUCGAUGGUGGACCCAUGAAGAUCCGAAAGAGAUACUCGGAGUUUGAGGACCUGCACACCAAGCUACUCAAGACAUUCCCCGAUGCCGCUGCCUCACUGCCGCAAUUUCCCCCCAAAUCAGUCAUAUCUCGGUUCCGCCCACGUUUUCUGGAAAAGCGGAAACACGGGCUUUCGUACUUUCUAAAGUGUGUUGCUAUCGAUAACACCCCACUAGCGUAUAUCUCGACUGACUCUAAGAAUAGCUGCGUUCUGCUCAACCCCCAGUUUGCCGGGUCACCAGUCCUCAAGGACUUUUUGUUCUCGUGA